UGUACAACCAGCUCGUAUGGUUCAAAUCAACUAUCACCGCCUGUUUGUAAAGGAUCACAGAGUCAAGAAGUAGCUCAACUCGGUUUAUUACUUAUGAUUGACACAACUUGUGUUUUUGGGAAUGCAGGUUUGUGUUGGGGACUAUGCUGUUUUAUCACCAAUGCGCAACUGCUGCAUAUGAGCUCAAGGAAGUUUUAAAACCAAUGCUUCUAGACCCGAAGGAGGAGAUGUUCCUGCUCAAACUCACACCCGACGCAGGAUUCGCGAAGCCUUCCUACUUCGUUGCAGUUGUUCAUAGUCGAAGACUAGUGGUUCUCAGCAUCCGUGGGUCAUUUGAGGCUGCCGAUUUGUUGACAGACUUCGUCCCUGACACAGAAGCCUUUCAAGACGGGAUUGCCUGUAAGGGGAUGCUCGACUCGGCGAGACAUCUUCUGAACAAAGAGGCGUCCUUCCUGAGACACCUGCUCACAGAGCGAUUUCCGGUAUGCGCGUGAGUGAAGCUGUGCACAUGUUCAACUCGGUUGUUUGCACAUGCUGUAGUUAUCAGUUGUUUGAUGUCAUAUUGAGGUUAUGAAAGCUUGGGUUCUCAUGUGGGUUCAACAGGG